AUUUGGCCGUAUUGGUCGUCUCGUGCUACGAGCUGCCCUCAAGAAAGGAACAGUCAAUGUAGUAGCUGUCAACGAUCCUUUCAUUGCUCUGGAUUACAUGGUGUACAUGUUUAAGUACGACUCCACCCAUGGUCGGUACCCAGAAGAAGUGAAGGCAGAAGGCGGCAAACUGGUGGUGGAUGGCCACGCCAUUACUGUAUUCCAAGAGAGAGAGCCUGAAAAAAUUAUGUGGGGGAGUGCUGGAGCCGAGUAUGUAGUAGAAUCCACGGGUGUUUUCACCACUGUGGAAAAGGCAAUGGUAGGUAGACAGCUCCCAUCAACUGCUGUCUUGCUGUCUUUGGAAAGAAUGAAUUUGUUGCAAAAAAUUCAGUUUUAUACUAAUGGAAAUAGUAAAAAAAAAAAAACUUACUGUUAUUAUAUAAUGUUUUUUAUAUCCAGUAAUGCUUCCUGCACAACAAACUGCCUGGCUCCCGUAGCCAAGGUGCUUAACGACAAGUUUGGCAUUGUGGAGGGACUGAUGACCACUGUCCACGCCUACACAGCCACACAGAAGACCGUGGAUGGACCAAGUGCCAAGGACUGGCGUGGUGGACGUACAGCUGCUACAAACAUCAUCCCCUCUUCCACUGGUGCUGCCAAGGCUGUAGGCAAAGUUAUCCCAGAACUCAAUGGUAAACUGACAGGUAUGGCAUUCCGUGUGCCCGUGGCCAAUGUUUCAGUUGUGGACCUGACGUGCCGCCUGAAGGCAGGGGCUCCAUAUGCUGACAUCUGUGCUGCCAUGAAGGAGGCUUCGGAGGGUUCACUGAAGGGUGUGCUAGGCUACACCGAAGACAUGGUUGUCAACUCCGAUUUCAAUGGAGACGAGCGCAGCAGCAUUUUCGAUGCCAAGGCUGGAAUCUCCCUGAAUGACAACUUUGUCAAGGUCGUCUCCUGGUACGACAACGAGUUUGGAUACAGCUGCCGAGUGGUGGACCUCCUAGCAUACAUCAACAGCAAGAAAUGAACCCCUCGAGCCGUCACCUCCAAGAUUUAGACAUUUCUCAGUCAUUUUAUUUCACAGCCCUUCGCAAAUGGGACCCAGCGCCAAGGAAUUUUGAGAUCUUUUUUUUCUGCUACCACAGAUUUUUCUACAUGGUAACAGAAAACCAGCCACUCCUGUUCUGCCAAUAUUGUGAAAGCGUGAAUUCAGUGUUUUUUUAUUAUUAUUAUUAUUAUUAUUUUCUUGUGCCAUCUUCAUUUGUUUAUUUCAGUUGACUUUUUAAAAGAAGGGUUGUAGAUAAUAGCCUGUAGAAAUUUUUGUCUUGUCUUGUCUCAAUUAUUACCCUUUUUUUCCCAACCAUUAACUUAGAAUUUUGGAUUGUUACCACAAAUAUCGUGGACUCUAAAAAGGUAACUGCUGGACACCAUCGCUUGACUUCUAGAAAUGCACUACUGCAUAAUACUAAGACCAAAUCGGGUGCUGCCAUCUACUUGUAUACUUAAACUUUGUCACAAUGAAUUAAGCAAAAUAUAUAUUAUAAAGCAUAUUGCCAGUAAUACAUUGGAGAUAUUGGAUCAGGAAAUUCCUGGAAGAUCUUUCCCUUUUAUUGAUUCAGUAAGACAGUAAAUAUUUGUAUCACAAUAAUUGUCCAUGUUAGGUCUGAAAGACCCGUACCUGUUAUCAGUUGAAAUUGUUUGCACUGAGAGUGAAAGGGUUUGAAUAGAUUUAAUAGAGAUACUUUGUAGGAGUUGAACAAAGUUGUUUUUUGGUUUUGUUUUUUCAAACCGUAGCUAACAGUGUAAUUAUUGAAGUUAAUGUGUGCGUUGGUUGGUCUUUCCACAGGCACCAAACGAUACUGGAGGGGAACUGGCUUAAAACUCAUUAAAAUGUUUUAAACAUUUUGA